AUAAUAAAAAUAUUCUUUUCUUUAAUAUUAAUAAUAAAUUCACUAUUUAUAUUAUUUAUUAAUAAUCCCAUAUCAAUAGGAUUAUUAAUUUUAAGACAAACUUUAUUGACAUGUUUAUUAUCUGGAAUAAUAAUCAAAACAUAUUGAUUUUCUUAUAUUUUAUUUCUUACUUUUUUAGGAGGAUUAUUAGUUUUAUUUAUUUAUGUUUCAAGAAUUGCAUCAAAUCAAUUAUUUAACUUCAAAUUCAAUUAUAAGAAAAUAUUAACUUUAUUAUUAAUUAUAAUAUUUUUUAUAUUAAUAAUAUAUAACAAUAAUAUAACAUGAAUAAAUUUAUCUAUAAAUUCAGAUAUAAAUAAAUUUUAUGAUAUAUAUAUAUUCAUCAAUAAUGAAAAUAAAAUUAAUUUAAGUAAAUUAUAUAAUAAUCAAACAUUUUUAAUUAUAAUAAUAUUAGUAAUUUACUUAUUUAUUACAUUAAUUGCUAUUGUAAAAAUUACUAAUAUUUUUUAUGGACCUCUUCGUUCAUCUAACUAA